AUGAGGAGGGCUAUUGGUAUCGCCGCCAUAUACCGCGCCGUGGGUGGCGUCUCCACCUUGCCGGAGGUUGCCGGGAACCACACUCACAAUCACUUUCCCCGGAUCUUCCAUACGGCUCUAUUUAGCACCGAAAGGACACAUAGUUUAUUGUCUAACAAGCUCGCCGAUCAGUCAGCUAGCGCGGUAGCUCGCGCCAUUGCAGGGACCAUGUUAUUCUCAUUUGCGGCUACGACCCUGGCGGAAGAGGUCCAUGCUAAGGAACCUGUGCAUGCGAAAUUCCGCCCCGACGAGGUUGUUCUUUAUCAGUAUGAAGCUUGCCCAUUCUGUAACAAGGUUAAAGCGGUCUUGGAUUAUCACGACAUUCCCUACAAAGUUGUGGAGGUUAANACGACAUUCCCUACAAAGUUGUGGAGGUUAACCCCAUCAGCAAAAAGGAAAUCAAAUGGUCUGAUUACAAGAAAGUACCUAUAUUGA